UAGGGAAAAAAAGAGACUUAAAGCAAAUGCUCUUGAUGAAAACAUGCAAAAUAUGCCUGACCAUUGUGCAGGUGCACAGAUAAAACUGGAAGUUCAUGAAGAGGACAUCGAUGUUAAGCCAGUUGAAGAUGAAAUCCAUGUGUUCAAUGAGCCGUUCCCAAUGGACAAUGACGACAUUAAUGAAAUGCCGCAAUCAACCAACAAAUUGCCAAUUGCCUCCACAGCUGAUGAAUUAAAAAACAUAAAACUUGAGCUGCAAAAUGUGAAUAGAAAGUUGCAAAAUCUGACAAAGAAACAGGAUUACAUACUGCAAGAGCAGAGGGAAUUGAAAGUAGCUGUGACUAAAAUGAAUUUGCUAUUGAAAAUGAGUUUGGGUAUAAAAACAGAUGAGUUUGCCCACUUGUUUCCGCUGCAUGAUGAAGAAAGUCUGCAAUUAAUAGAAGAUCAGCUGCAAUCCGAGAAGAGACAAAGUAUCAUCACAUUAAUGCGUAAGCUCAUAUGCAGCAAUAUUGUUGAGAACUUUUCAAAAAUAUUCAGUGAUAAAUUGAUCUUUUCACACAAUUACGAGGGCAUUCAGAACAAGAAACCUAUUAAGAUUUAUGAAAGCUUCUUGCUUGGCCUUUUUGAAGCUUCUGAACUGCAGACACAUGAAGAAUUUGUUAUGAGUAUUAGAUCUUCAUUUAAGAUCAACAAAAAUAGAAUACAUAAAAGACGUUCACGGCAAAUCAACAAAACUAGCAGCUAA